AUGGAGAGCCAUAUCAAAUUGAAAAAUUGUGAAUUGCAGACAUUUGCUGGAUUUCGUGUUGCUAGUAUUAGAUAUCAAUAUAUUGGUGAUGCGAUUCAAUGGGAAAUUAAUCCAAGCGCUGAUGAAUGUUUACGAAAUCGUUUAUAUACUGAAGGAUGUUUACCAUUAGCUGCACAAGUCAUUCUCAUCCGGAAUUAUCUUUAUUUGAUUUUUAAGAAUUUAACAAAUGGUUUAAUUGCAUUAAGUGUUGCGAGGUUAAUUGAAGACUAUAUUCAGAUAGAAUUUAUGCCAGUUGUAACAAAAUUGUCGCGAGAAUCGAACGAACUUUCUUUAACUCUUGUCGAAAUAUCGACACAUAUGCGUCCAUAUACGUUUACUUUACAAGCUUUAUAUGAAACACUUAAUGAUAUAUUAAAGUUGAAAUUAGUCGGUGGUGAAAUACUUACGCUUUUAAACGAGAAGAUUCGUUCAAAUUUCUCUAAAUCGACGAAUUUAAUUUUACGAAAAAUUGAAAAAUCAACAUUGACCGAUUAUUAUGGAUUGAUAUUUUCGUGGAUUCGUUUUGGGACGAUUUUCGAAGAUUGUACGCAUGAUUUUAUGGUAUGGGAUUUGGAAAGGACAAAACUUUUCACGGCAAAUCAAAUUUUGAGUAAUCAAAAUAAAGAAAAUAGUUCUGAUAUAGAUUUAGGCGAUCUUGAUGAACGUUUUUGCGCUAUAGAAGAUUUAUGUCCAAUACAGUUUACAUCUGUUGCUAAAGAUAUAAUAAUCUGCGGUAAAUAUGUGAAUAUAAUCGAACAAAUCCAAGCAGCGAAUAGUUCAACGCUUCAAGAACAAAAAUAUUGGAAGGGGAAAGAAUUAGCAGAUUGGCUAAAGCUCGACUAUACUGAUAUUAUAAAUAUUGUAAAAAAAGCUCGUAUCGAUGAAAGUCAAAAUCUGGUAAAUCUUUUAAGAAAACGUUUUAAACUUGACGACGUUUUUGACGCAUUACGGUGCUUUAUAUUAUUGGAACGGUCCGACUGGUUAAUUUCGUUUAUCGAUAUCGCUAAACUUCCACUUAAUCGGCCAACGAAAGAAAUCUCAUUAAAAAAAUUACAAAAAUUUUUCGAUAACGCCAUUGAAUGUUCGAGUCUUCGAGGAAAUGAACAGCGCUCUAUGUUUGAGCCAACGCUUGCAAGUAUUGAUAUUUUUACACUUUUACGAUCUAUUGCAGAAAGCGAUAAGUGUACCACUCUUGUGUCCUCAUCGACGGGUUCCGCAUUUUCCGGAAUCGCCGACAACGAAAAGUUUUUUAAUCUUUUCAAUUUACGGAUAAAUGUUCAAUCGCCACUUUCAUUCGUUUUUCCACCAAGUAUCAUUCUUAAUUAUUCAUUAAUUUUUCGAGUGCUUUUUUCUUUACAUUAUGCUUUAUAUAUUUUGUUAAUAAAGCAUAAUUGUGAAGAUUUAAUGAGUGAUGAACGUUCGCUUAUCGAUAAUAUGUUGCAUUUUUUGAAUGUUUAUAUAUCACAUUGCUCGUUACAUAUUAUACCAAAUUUUUGGAAUGAUUUUAUGAAAAAAUUCGCAAAAUCGACGAGUCUUGAGGAAAUCUUACUUCAUCAGAAUACAUUUUUUAAAGAAACAAUAGCUUUAUGCUUUUUACCAGACUUAGAAUUUAUAAAUAUUUUAUCAAUGAUGAUAAAUAUUAUCAUGGAAUAUUGUAAUGAUUCGCUAGUUUUUGAGAAUGCAACAGUAAAAUGGCAAGAUUUAUCAGAUGAUUUACGUCGUAUAUUAGGUAAACCGAAUGAAAACAAUGCCUAUUUGCAACUUCAAAAAAGAGUAUUUUCUCGAUUUUUUUAA